ACAGUGACUGAGGCGUACGGAACAAGCGUGAAGCGUCUCCGCCGCCGUAAACACUCGUGCAUCGCAGGAGCGGGAGACCCGCACCGGAGGAUCCGCCAUGCGUUUCUACCACUUGGUGGCCGCGUUCGUACUCGGAGCUGGAAUGCCGGUGAACGCCAAGCUCCUACCGAGAAUCGACUGCAGUGAAGAGAACAUCCAUGUGGAGCUGGAUACGUCCGGCGUGAAAUUUACCGAUGUCUACUUGGAAAACCUGAAAGGAUUCCCCAUGUGUAAACCUGAAAUCAAGGAGAACUCCGUGCGAUUCGCCAUAAACCUACAGGACGAAUUCCGCUGCGGAGCGAGCAGGAUGACCAACCAGAUGACCGGCGAGAAGACCUACUUCCAGAGGAUAAUUUUAGAAAACGAGGAAAAAGACAAACGUGAGAUCAUACUGAUCCAAUGCAGCACAGGCCAGGAUAGACUCAACAGGACGCGCCGGCAGACGCUACCGAAUUGGCCGGAUAUCGUCGAGCCGGAUCACAUCAACAUCACGGAGUACAUUGAAGCUCGUGCGCCUAUCCCCAAUCUCGACCUGGGCAUCAAGCAGAACGGGCGGAUGCUGGACACCACGUACAACGUCCAGCCGGGUACACCUCUCGAGAUGGUGAUUUAUCUCGAUCCUGUCAGCAAGGCGACUUAUGGCAUUCUCGCGAGCUUCCUGAAAGUGUCCGACAGUGCAGGACAACAAGAGGAAGUCGUUGUGAUGAACGGUUGCUCAAUCGACCCGUACAUAUUCUCGAACUUCAUCACGCCGGACAAAGGCGACUCCCUGAGCGCCACAUUCAAAGCCUUCAAGUUCCCUGACUCGAACUAUGUCAUGUUCUCGGGGACUGUUUCAAUCUGUAUCAAUCAGUGCAAGAGCAUCCCAUGCGGAAACGGCCAAUUCGGUCACGGUCGCAGGCGGAGGAGAGAUGCAGAGAAAGAUCCUAACGCUGUGUACAGCGUUGACAUGACCACGAUGUUGAAAGUACAAUUCAACGAUGAUCUGUUCACGCUGCAGAAAGGUUCGGUGGCCGCGGAAUUCAACAACACGAGCAAUACACCCGCUCUCGGCAUGAAUCACAUCGAGGGAGUCGACAUGUCUUCCCAUGAAUAUCCGUCCGCGGCCAGUUCUAAGUUGUGUACAGUUAGUUUGUUAAUCGCGCUGUGCUCCGCCUUGUUGCUUCUCUUGCAUCACUAG